AUGAUUGAUGAGCCAAUAACAGUAAGGAUUCCGCCUCCAUCAUCAGCUUCCAACAAUAACAACAAACCAAUUCUCGUCAUUUGCGAUCUCCAACCAGAUCUUUUGGGAAGUUUUGAUGCCUCCAACAAGCAAGAUUUUUUAAAGGCUUUAUCCGUCGUCGUGGAAGCAGCUCGGAAACACAAAUGGAACAUAUUCUAUUCCACCUUGCAAUUCUCCUCAUCCUACCAACGCGUCCCUCAAAACCACAAAUUGUAUGGCGCCUUUCGGAAAUUGAACCAAAAGUUGGGCGACAAGGCGGUUCACUGGUUCUUGGAAGGGUGGGAAGGCAGCCAAGUACUGAAAGAACCUGAAAUGAUUGCUCCCCGACCUCAAAUUGAUACUGUGGUGACUCGAGAACAGCAUUUGCCCCACGAACUUAUACGAUCCAUUCUGAAUAGCCGUCAUCCGCCAGCAACAGAGGAGGAAAGCAACAAUAUCAUUGCUCCAAUUCCACUGCAGAACAACACCCAAAAGGUCUACCUCACUGGCGCCAAAGCCAGUGGAUCGGUUCAAAUCACUGCUCAGAUGCUAAUGGAUCAAGGCUGCUUUGAUUUGGUGUGCAUUGACGAAGCGAUUCAAGAUGACAAUGAUCAGAAAAAGCAAGCGGUCCUUCAGCAUAUUCUACCAAUCUAUGCGGACUCUAUUGCAACCCUGCAAGAGUUUGUAGAGGAAAUGGGUGGAUUGGAAACCUUUUCCAAGGAAUCCCAACAAGCCUUUGUGGAGCAUUAUACUAAUACUUCCAACAAGAAUCGACGGAUCCAACAACGAGAACAGUCGAUGCCGACUGCAACUCCAUUACCUGCAGCUGCUCCAACAAAAGCUUCUGAAACCAAAUCUGAUACUACCAGCAAUUCAUCUUCUCCCACGACGUUCCUGAUAUGCGAUUGUGGACGAAUGGGACACGGUUCCAAGUACACGGAACUCUUAUUGCAACGCACAGAACAAAGCAAGAACACUAACAUUGUGUGGCAAACCUAUCCCACUCAAAUUUGGUACGAAGAUAUGAUGCAUGGGAAAGAAUAUUAUUGUCCAGUUGGCAAACAGGUAGUCGACUUUUGUGAUGAACCAGAGUUUAGCAACCUUGUCAGUAUGUAUCUUUUGGGGAGGGAAUGGUUGGACGAAAAGGACAAGUUCUUGGACAUUGCCAAUUAUAGUGGUGGUGGUGGUGGUGGCGAUUACAAUGUUGUCAGCAAUUUUGGGCAACAACAACGACACCAACAGAAUCAGCAAUACAUGCCCAAGACGUAUUGCUUUGAAAAAGGAAAAUGGAGGCACGGACUUGCCCCCGAGGAUGAUAAUAAUGAUGAAAAUGAUAAUGGUCCAUGGUUCGUUAAGGAAGCCAACAAGAACUUGGGAGGGGCUGCCAUUAAUAUUGUGACCAAAACAUCCGAAAUCGCCGACCAUCUUUUAUUUCCCAACGAUCGACGGUAUGUGGUCCAAGCGCACAUCCGAGAUCCUCUCUUGACAGAUGACGGAAAAAAGACACACAUCAAGUUUUAUGUGCUAUUGGUGUGUGAAGACGAUGGUAUCACUUGGACGCUCUAUACCUACAAGGCUUCUCUUUUAUCCAUUUCUCCCAAUCCAUGGAGCGCCACCGAUUUGUCCCAUGACACGCAGGUGACGAUUCACCGGCAUCCCGAACCUCCAGGGGAAACCGCAGGUUGGAAACAACAUUGGGAUAAGGUAUACCAAAAGUGUAAAGAAGGAACAGCCCAUAUCAUUCAACGAGCCAUUGCAAUGGGGAGACUAAAGGGGAGGAAACGAGUGAAUAAGAGUAUCAUUAUUGGUGGGAAUCAGACAGAGGGAUAUGAUGAUUCUUCCAAGUGUACCAGUGGUACCUUGUUUCAAAAGCAGUUUGAAGUCUUCAGCGUGGAUUGGAUGCCAGAUAUUCAUGGCAAUGUGUGGGUGCUAGAGUGCAAUAUGUCCCCUGCUGUUGCACAACCGGAAUUUGAAGAUCCAUCUCAUCGAGAUGCGCGAAGAGAUUAUCUGAUGAGGCAUGACGAAGCCAUGCUGAAGGAGGCCUUGGAGAUUGUCUUGCCUAGUUCGAGUAGCCAGCCAUCAGACUACGGACAGUGGGAUUUUGCGGGUACGUUCUGCUCGGAUGAAGAACGAUGA